AUGACGAGCUGGGACGGGACUCCGUCGAGAGAGACACUGGUAAUCGUGGGAUACACAGUUCCCACGGUGCUUUUGGUAGCAAGCACGGUGCUGCGACUGUUUGCUAAAAUGUCAAAAGAGGGUCUUCAUCUAGAUGACCACUUAAUCAUCCUGGCAAGUGCCCUAGAAGUAGCAUACUCGGUAACGAUGCUGGUCACCGGUGUGGGCCAUGGAUUCGGCCAUCACACCGCGACUGUCGACCUCAAGGACCUGGAGAUAUUCUUAAAGGGAGAGUAUAUCGCUAGUCACCUUUACAACGUCUUCCUCGCCGCAACAAAGCUCGGGAUCCUCGUCUUAUACUACCGCAUCUUCCCCAUCCCCUGGUUCAGCAAAACCGUGAUCGGAUGUUCAAUCUUUGUCUUGAUAUGGAUCACCAUCAUCGAAGCAUUCAUGGGCGCACUAUGUCGCCCGCUAAACGCAUUUUGGGACCGCACCGUGAAAGGUGAAUGCUUCAACUCCACAGCUCUGACAUACUUCGUCAACUCCUCGAACAUGGUCACGGACCUCGUGCUCUUCGCCCUCCCUAUCCCCGUCAUCUUGGGAGUCCGGACAACACGGAAGAAGAAAAUUGCUCUUGUCGCGAUAUUUUCCAUUGGAUUCAUCACCUGCGGCAUAAGCGCCGCCCGGUUAGCCUAUGUCGUCGCGCAAGGCUCAGCCGACAUAACCUGGGAAGGAGUACCACUGGGAAUUCUCUCAGCCUUCGAAUCGCUCGGCUGCAUCCUCUGCGCCAACCUACCUAUAAUCUACCGGUUAUUCAAAACUGCCGCACAAAAGAUUACCAGCAGCGUGUCGGGCCAGAAAAGCAAGACGUCGAAUCUACAAUACGCGUACGAUUCCAGGGCAUACGGAUCGAAGUCUCACGGACACCAGCAUCGACGCAGCACGGAUAGCGAAAGAUGGAUUCGGAUGCCAAAUGAGAGUGAUUCCGCUGAGAUGCAGACCGACGUGCAUUGUACCAGUCCUGACGUGAAGGGGGAUGGGUUUGAGAUGGGACCCAUUCCUAAGGAUGGUAUUGCGGUACAGAGGGAAUUUCAUACGAGGAUUGAGGAGAGACUUUAG